CCAACCACCGUUGACGUAUGACUUUUGUAAGUCUUCUCCUCAUCAAGCCUGCCCGGCCUCUCCCCCCUGCCAUCACCAUUUAUACCUUCCUCCCUCCAUCGCCUACCUUCACCAUCACAACCACCAUCGCUCUCUCUCUCUCUCUAACGCACACACGCUGACGGAAGCGAAACGCUGAGAGGCACCAUGCAGGAGGCGAUCUCGUACAAGCCAUGGCCGCCGAUCCACGCCGGCGGACCCCUCAAGGCCGGGCGGCCGCUGCUGCUCGGCGACAGGACGAGCCAGAGCAGCGCCACCGCUGCCGCUGCCGGCGACGGCGGCAAGGGCGACGGCGGCGGGGAGCUCGAGCUGGGGGAGGAGGGGGAGGUGCGGCGCGGGGCCCCCUGAGGAGGCCGGACGGCGUGCGGGAGGUGGUGUCGGAGAACGCGCUCAUAGUGGUCGGGAGGCGCGGGUGCUGCAUGGCCCACGUGGUGAAGCGGCUGCUGCUGGGACUAGGCGUUAACCCCGCGGUCUACGAGGUGGACGAGGAGGAGGAGAAGGGCGUGGCCGACGAGCUGGAGAGGAUCGGCGGCGGCGGCGGCGGGGAGGUCCAGUUCCCGGCGGUCUUCAUUGGGGGGCUGUUCGGGGGGCUGGAUCGGGUCAUGGCCACUCAUAUUUCCGGCGAACUGGUGCCCAUCUUGAGGCAAGCCGGGGCCUUGUGGCUAUGACUGAUCAAUGCGCUAAUCAAUACCCCGUUUUCCUUUUUUUUAACCCCUUUUUCCUUUUUUGGAUUUUGGUUCUUUUCCGAUUGAAUAUAGGUCUAAAUCGACUUGUAAAACGCAAGAAAGCUGUGUCUUUUUCCCCGGUUUUGGGUACCUAGAAAUUCAUCCAAAAUAUAUGGAAUUCGCAGGCGAUGGAAGCAAAUUCAAAGAGAGUUUCGACUCCGUUAGAUUUGUUUUU